UCUCUGCACACAGUGAGGUCUCCUCCUCAUGUGAGGAGGACAGAGGAACCCCACCAGAGGAUACAAUGAGGAGCCAGCAGUCUGCAACCCAGAGGAGGGUCCUCAGCAGAAUUGGACCAAGUUGGCACCCGGAUCCUGGAUCCAGAACGGCAAAGAUGCUGGAGGCUGACCUGGUUUCAAAGAUGCUGAGGGCUGUCCUGCAGUCUCAUAAGAAUGGGAUAGCAUUACCCCGGCUCCAAGGAGAGUACCGAUCUUUGACUGGAGACUGGAUCCCCUUCAAGCAGCUGGGUUACCCUACUCUAGAAGCCUACCUGAGAAGCGUGCCAGCAGUUGUCAGGAUAGAGGCUAGUCGAUCUGGAGAGGUUGUCUGCUAUGCUGUAGCCUGCACAGAAACUGCACGGAUCGCUCAGCUUGUGGCUCGUCAGAGGACCUCUAAAAGGAAAACAGGGCGGCAAAUUAAUUGUCAGAUGAGAGUGAAGAAAACCAUACCCUUCUUUCUAGAAGGGAAACCAAAGGCAACCCUCAGACAACCAGGAUUUGCCUCAGACUAUUCCAUCAGCAAGAAGCCUAAUCCAGCACUGUUGAGAGACAAAGGAAGCACCCUGGGAAUUAAGGUUGAUGUGGACAUGCCCCCUUACCCAGACAUUCCAGUGCAGAGGCAUGUGAGCAUGUCUGCCAGCAACAGGUUUAAUCCAAAGUCAUCCCUACCAGCACCUUUCCAGACACACAUCUCAAGGACCUGCGCUAAGGAAGCAAAUGAUAAUUUAAAUCAGACUGUUGAGAAACCAAAUGUCACGCCUCCUGCCUCUUACACUAAUAAGAUGGAUGAGGUUCAGAACCGCAUAAAGGAAAUAUUAGACAAGCAUAACAAUGGCAUUUGGAUAUCUAAGCUUCCACAUUUUUACAAAGAGUUUUAUAAAGAAGACCUUAACCAAGGAGUUUUACAGCAGUGUGAACACUGGCCUCACAUUUGCACGGUGGAAAAACCUUGUGGUAGUGGUCAAGACUUACUUCUUUAUCCUGCCAAGAGAGAGCAGCCCUUGAGAAGUAAGCAGGACCCUGAGAAGGUGCUCCCGUCUCCACCACCUGCUCCCAAGCAGGAAGUGCCAUCAAAAGGGAACCCAACAGUGAUGCCGGAUGUCAAGGAGAAAGUGGCUGAGCUGCUGGUGAAAUACUCAAGUGGCCUUUGGGCAAGUGCACUCCCCAAAGCAUUUGAGGACACGUACAAAGUCAAGUUCCCUGAGGAUGCCUUAAAAAACCUUGCCUCACUCUCUGAUGUGUGCACCAUAAACUACAUUUCCGGAAAUACCCAGAAGGCAAUUCUCUAUGCGAAACUCCCAUUGCCCACUGACAAGAUCUUAAAGGAUGAAGGGCAGGCACAAGGAGAUUUUGACAUUAAGUCAAUGAUUGAGCAAGAGUAUUUGCAGAUAGAAAAAAACAUGGCCGAAAGCACUGAUGACUUUGUGGAGGACAUAACUGUGCCACCUUUGGUGAUUCCUACUGAGGCCUCCCCGUCUGUGUUGGUGGUUGAGCUGAGCAACACAAAUGACGUAGUUAUCAGGUAUGUAGGCAAGGACUACUCAGCUGCUCAGGAGCUGAUGGAAGAUGAGAUGAAGGAAUAUUACAGUAAGAACCCCAAAGUCGCACCAAUCCAGGCUGUGCACGUUGGGCAGCUGCUGGCAGUCAACGCAGAGGAAGAUGCCUGGUUACGCGCACAGAUCAUCUCCACGGAUGAGAACAAGAUAAAGGUGUGCUAUGUUGACUAUGGCUUUUGUGAAAAUGUUGAGAAGAGUAAAGCAUACAGACUGAACCCACGGUUCUGCUCUCUGUCCUUCCAAGCUACAAAGUGCAAGCUAGCAGGGUUGGAGAUUCUGAAUGAUGACCCUGACCUCGUGAAGGUGGUGGAAUCAUUAACGUGUGGGAAGAUCUUUGCUGUGGAGAUACUGGACACGUCAGAUACCCCCCUGGUGGUCCUGUAUGACACCUCAGGCGAAGACGACGUCAAUAUCAAUGCCGCCUGCCUAAAGGCCAUACGUGACAAAUCUCUAGAAGUUCAUCUCCAGGUGGAUGCCAUGUACACCAAUGUCAAAGUGACUAACAUUUGCUCUGAUGGAACACUCUACUGCCAGGUGCCGUGCAAGGGUCUGAAUAAACUCAAUGACCUUUUGCAUAAGACAGAGGACUACUUCCACUGCAAGCACAUGACCUCUGAGUACUUCAUCUCAUUACCCUUCUGUGGGAAGAUCUGCCUCUUCCAUUGCAAAGGAAAAUGGUUACGAGUAGAGAUCACGAAUGUUCACAGCAGCCGGGCGCUCGACGUUCAGUUCCUAGACUCUGGCAAUUCGACAUCUGUGAAAGUGUCAGAGCUCAGAGAAAUCCCACCUCGGUUUCUGCAGGAAAUGCUCGCCAUACCCCCUCAGGCUAUAAAGUGCUGUUUGGCUGAUCUUCCACAGUCCAUUGGCAUGUGGACACCAGAUGCUGUUCUUUGGUUAAGAGAUUCUGUUUUGAAUUGCUCGGACUGUAGCAUUAAGGUUACAAAAGUGGAUGAAGCCAAUGGAGUUGCAUACGUGUACUUAUUUACUCCUAAGAACUUCCCGGAUCCUCAUCGCAGCAUUAACAGGCAGAUCACAAACGCAGAUCUGUGGAAGCAUCAGAAGGAUGUGUUUCUGAGUGCCGUGUCCAGUGCGGUCAGCUCACCUAGCAGUGGGAAUGGCAGCACACUGGCUCCAGGCAGCCCUGGAGAGGGCCUCAGAAAGAGCCACUCAGAGGUCAUCAGAAAGUCCGUGCUGGACCACACCACUUCUUUUACCUUGGAGGAGCUGCCCCCUCCAGUCCACUUGUCCAAGUCAGGGGAGCACAUGGAUGUGUAUGUGCCUGUAGCCUGUCACCCAGGCCAUUUUGUCGUCCAGCCUUGGCAGGAGAUCCAUAAGCUGGAGGUGCUGAUGGAGGAGAUGAUCCUGUACUACAGCGUGUCUGAGGAGCGCCGCAUAGCACUGCAGAAAGGCCAAGUGUACGCUGCCAAGGUGCAGAACAGGUGGUACAGGGUGCUUUUAAAAGGAAUCCUAACCAACGGGCUGGUGUCUGUGUACGAGCUGGACUAUGGCAAGCAUGAGCUAGUCAACAUAAGGAAAGUGCAGCCCCUAGUGGAUGUGUUCCGAAAGCUGCCCUUCCAGGCCGUCACUGCUCAACUUGCAGGAGUGAAGUGCAGCCAGUGGUCGGAGGAGGCUUCGAUGGUGUUUCGAAAUCACGUGGAGAAGAAACCCCUGGUGGCAUUGGUACAGACAGUUAUUGAACACACUAACCCUUGGGACCGGAAAGUAGUGGUCUAUCUAGUGGACACAUCGCUGCCAGACACUGACACCUGGAUCCAUGACUUUAUGUCGCAGUAUCUGGUGGAGCUGUCAAAAGCUAACUAGUCACUGCUUGAGACCUUGACAGCUAAUGCAGAUUGUUUCUCUAAGCAAUAAUACACAGUGUGUAGUAGGCUCUUAAAACAUCUUACCUUUACUACAUGGCUCUGACUGUUGUGGAGGAUUGAAAAGAAUAUGCUUUGUUUGAUGAAAGAUAUUUAACAAGUUUUGUUUAACACGGUUAACUUUUCAAAGAAAAUUGCACUUGAAUUAUUAAUAUAAUUAGAAUAAAAUGUUUAGCAGUGUGAAACCUCAUGUCUUAUCUUGCUU